CGCUAUAUGCAAUUUCAUUGGCAGCACUAGAAGAUGCGUGCAAUAAUUGGACAUUCUUCUUCGCCUUUCUUUAAAAUUUCUCACGCUAAUUACGUGAGUUGUUUCAUUUAUCUUCAAUCAAUCCUGCACGAUCCCUCUUCUAUUUCAAUUCCUUAACUCUUAUAUUGCGUUGUAUUUCUUCAUUUAAUCUAAUUUUAUUUUAAACGUGCCUCCCGCUUCCGACGCGAAAGGAGCUGUGUGGUUUAAUCCCCCGUUGUGGGCACGUGCCACAGCCUGAAAAAUCACCAUCUUCGCCGUGUAGUUCGGGACCGCGGUGCCUGCACGCGUGACGGUUGGUCGCGAGCCAGCACGAGCAGAAGAAGAAGAAGAGGCAAAGCGACUGCAGCUCAGUCGAACUCUUGCUCCGACCAACGAACGAACCGAUUCUGUUCUACAAGGGACCGCCAAUCAACCUCGUGCUGCCAUGAAAUCUGUCCUCUUGUCGGCAUCUUCGCCCACGUUCGGCUGCAACCCCGAAGUAGCCGGCGGCGGCUGGAUGCCGCUGGGACGCGCGGCGCAGGACGCUGAGCGGCGCCGAGGUCCGGACACGGCGGCAGCCGGCGGGCCGGCCCAAGGGCGGUCGUCGCCCGAGGAGGACACAUCGCACACGGGCCACUGGCUGCGCUACGCCUCGUUCGUGGCGACCCUGGUCGUGGCCACGUCGGCGACGCUGUUCACUGUGCCCGCCGCGCUCGUGACGCGUGUCGGGUCCUGCCCGCGCGGCUGCCUCUCCCUCGCCAAAGAUCUGAGCCACUCGCUCAACAGGAGCGUGCACCCGUGCGACGACUUUUACGGGCACGUGUGCAGCGGUUGGGACAGCCGCAGAAUCAUCCGUUACCGGUCACCGAUGGACAGGUACAGCGCAGAAUUCAGCCGAAGCAUCAUCAAAAGCAUACUGCUCGAGCAUAUCCCCACACGUUCUACCACCGCCAGAGGAAAAGCCGCGGGGUUCAUCUUUCGCUGCCUUAGUCGGACGGAGGUGGAAAAUGCGACGACGUUCGUCGCGUUCCUCGACGAACUGGGCCUUCCUUGGCCGAGCAAGUCUCCUGCGACACGAUCGCAGCUCCUGGACAUCCUAGUGAGAGCAUCCCUGCAGUUGGCUAUGCCCAUGUUCUGGGCCUUUUACGUGGGUCGCCAUCCUUCGCGUCCAUCGGAGAACACCAUUUACAUGACGCUGGACCCGCGCUUCAGCCAGUGGAUUCGGGAUAUCGAGGCGCUCGACGCCGACGGAAAAGCGAGCGACUACCUCAGGCGCUGCGCAGAGAUCGUCGGCCGCACGGGCCAGUCGUACUCGGUCAUGAUACAGCAAGUGCUGCAGACACACUCGGAGCUCGUCGAGCUGGUGCACCGUUUCUGGGGACUCGGGGCCAUGCCGCAAUACUACAACCUGACCGACCCGGACUUCCGAAGGGCCGUCAACGGCUACCUGCCCGACGACUCGCAGCUGUGGCCCGUCGACGAAAUCGUCAACCUUCAGCCCGAAUUCUUCGCGAGGUUCGACGCGACCCACCUGAGCCAGGACGGGUACCAGGAGCGGUUCAAGCUGUUCCUGGGCGCGUACGUCGUCUGGGUGUUGUCGCCGAUAGUGUCCCGGUACCUGACCACCAGCAUGCUCGCGGACAUGGGGCGCGAAGAUGGUGCGGACGACUACCGCUUCUUCAAGUGCCUCGAGGCGCUGGAGACGCUGCUGCCGCUCGUCAAGUGGCAGCUGCACCGCGACGCCCAGAAGAACCUCGCGCCCACGUGGAACACCGUCCGGUUGUCGCAGCGCGCUCUGAGCGAGUGGAUGGGCUUGUACGACGGGGAAAUGCAAAAAUUUAGCACCUCUCUUUUAUCGCGGCUGGGAGCGAAUGCCUUCAACAUGACGAACACGUGGCAAAUGCUCGACAGCGCGUUGGCUUACCUUCCGAACGACACCAAGCCGCCUUUCUUCGAGCUGUACCGGAGAUACGCAAAGGCUACAGCGACGUACUUCAAGCAGUCGCUGCGACGGCCGCAGCACAGCAUCUACCACGUGCCGGGAGUUGUCUCUAUUCUGCUGUACCGAGUGACUGUGGGCAGGGAAGUGUCGGUGCCCCACUUCAUGACAUCUUCGCCCCUCUUUGAGCCGUGGUACCCGGCGGCCUUUCUUUCAGCGCUAGCGGGCGUCUUUGCCACUACCCAGAUGGUCUCGCUGCUUCGUUUCACCAUAUUCUACAACAGCCGUUUCCAGGCCCACGGGUUUCAGAACCUCGUGGCUGGAGCGAGAGCCCUGGGGGAGGACGUGUUCCGGCUGAGGGCGGUGCUCAACGCCAGCGACUUCCUGCCCGACGCCAGCGCGCAGGAGUUUCGCACGGUGUACGAGGUGAGCGUCGCGGCGCACACGUCCAGUCGCGUGCCAGACUCGCCCGAGUGGCGGCGCCUCUCGGCCGCUGCGCCGCCCGCGGUCCGGCCGAACCCGUUCUGGAGCUUCGAUCCGGCGCAGUUCUUCUUCUACUUGGCCUGCUUCGCGCGCUGUGGCGGACGGGCCCGCGAGCGUGAGAGAGAGGUGGCCCUGUGCAACGUCGCGCUUCCGGCUUCGCCACUUUUCCGGGACGCGUUCAAGUGCGGACCGCAGCACAGGUUGUCCACGACUUUCAUGUGGCGGGAGCGUUCCGAGCAACCCACCGCCAAGACUUCUUAGCGGACGAGAAGAACAUCUUGGAUAUUUUUGCCACUGUGGCGAGAAGAUCGACUGUGGCUAUUUGAAUGGCUUAGUUAUUUCAACUUUCGCUUUACAGAAGGCAUACAACUUUUUCUUUCGAAAUGUCCUCCGCUUUUUUUUUUUUUGCCCACGAGUGAACUGGAACUUGUUUAUAUUGUGAACUUGGUCAAUUCGCGCCCCUUGUAUCACAGUGUACUUAGAAUACCGAUUAUAGAACACUACACUAUACUUAUGUAUCAAGGUUACGGUCACAGAAUCUUUGAGCUUCCUUUUGCCAUGCAUUUGCACGCGCGAGCAUUGACUUAGUAAUCGGAACGCGAUAACUGAAUCCCUACAAGAGAGUUUUUGCACACGUUGGUGUGUGCGUCUUUCAAGACUGUUUGUCCAGCUUCGCUUACGCAUUUUUUUUUCGUUCUUUGCUUGUGCGACGGUGUCGCGUAUUCGUGAGCUCGAUUGUCGGCCUUUGUGAGCUUUCCUGAGGGGCGAUGUUCUUUUCUAGCAGGUUCUGUCAAGAAGCUGUUCGUGUAAAUUCUCGUUAGGACGAAAAAGAAAUGUCGAUGUUGUCGAUAUUAUAGAUCACGCUGAUACAAAUGG